CAUUGGUUUGUUCCAGAAUGAAGGUGGAAAUCUUGCUGUUGCCUGACCCACGUCUCACGGGGCACAUCAAUACGACUGUACCUCCACCAAAACCGCUUUCGGUCUUAACCAAAACAGACCAUGCUACCCUGGGCAGGACUGAGCGAGAGAAGAGGACGGAAGAUAAGACAGGAGACGAGAGCCUUCCACUCCGCGUGCUAGGAUUCUGUUGGUUGGAAAUCCUAAUUUCUCCUCAGUGAAUCAACCUGCUGCUAGGCUGCUGACCUCAUUUCACCUGUGUGGUGACACAGUGACGGGCGUCCUGACGCGGACUCAUGUGAAUGACAGUUGUUCAUGCGAAAUCGUGACAUGCUGUGUCCUGGCAGCAGACCUGCGCCAACAGGUGUAAUAAGAAGAGAAGAGACACCGAGGUGUGACGCAUCCCAAAACUGCCUCCAGUUUUCAUUCUCUUGUAACUGCCGCCUUCCGAGUCAGGAGGAGGCCGUAUCUGAUUGGAAUGCGGAUACUGAGUGAUGAAUGAUUCCGGCUGUCAGCCCUGAGGUCUUUUAGGUUUCAGUAAGGUUAGCUCUUGGCAUUUUCAGAGUGUGAGUGAUCUGGGAAGGCACUCUGUUUGUGUUUGUUUGUGUCACCUGACCUGGCAUCUUGGCUCUCUCGCUGGAAGGUGCGUGGACUCAGAAAAAUGUCCUCAUCCUGGAGGAACCCAUUCCAGUGGAACAUUCUCCUGUUGCCGAGGCCACAUCUGCUCCUGCUGCUGACUCUGAUCAGCCUCUGCAGCCUCGUGCCUGCCUCAGCGGGGUUGUGUCGGGUGACCGGGGGCGUGCUAGGCAUCCACUGGAGCAGCGUGGUGGGCCUGGGCUGGCGCCCCCUGGCUGUGGGGCACGGCGGGCCGCAGUGCUGGGAGUCCUGCUGCCUGGAGCCGGCCUGCAACGCCGUGUGGACUCUGGGCGGCCGCUGCGUGCUGCUGAGCUGCUCUCACCGCGGCGGCUGCUCCAUCACCUCGCUGCCGCAGCCCCACCAGGAGUCCCUGGGCCUGCUGCAGCAGCUCAGCAAGGGCACAACGCACAGGCGACGCAGGCGGCGCCGCGCUAUGGCCAGCCACAACGACACAAACACGCAGCAUGUUUCUAAAGGUCAGGCUGCUACCUCCCUGGUUCCGGUCACUCCAGCCAAUGGUGUCGCACUCCCACAGACGGCCAACAGGAGCCUGGACCAGCCCGCCAAUGAGAGUGCGGCAUCCGUGCCGUCUCCUCCCAUUCAGCAGAACUCAUCUUCCUCUCAAGCGACCACAGCAGUGGCCCCAUCCAGUAGCAACGGCAGCGUGCCCAGCUCCGCCCCCAAACCCCAGCCCACGCCACCACCCACUCAGGCUGUGCGGGAGCUGGUGGUGUCCGCUGGGAACAGUGUGGAGGUCACGCUGCCACGGAGCGAGGUGGAGCUCAACGCCUUUGUGUUGCCGGACCCUCCCCCAGGCACAAGCUACACCUUUGACUGGCGCUUGAAGACACAUCCCAAAGACUACAGUGGAGAAAUGGAGGGCAAACGAGGCAAGACCCUCAAGCUCAGCAAGCUGACGGUGGGGCAUUAUGAAUUUGAGGUUAUUGUUGAUGGUGAUGGAGCUCAUGGCGAAGGCUACGUCAAUGUCACGGUCAAGCCAGAGCCCCGUGUCAAUAAACCGCCGGUUGCUGUGGUUUCCCCAAAGUUCCAGGAGAUCUCCUUGCCGACCAGCUCCACAGUUAUAGACGGCAGCCAGAGUACGGAUGAUGAGCGCAUCGUCAAAUGGCACUGGGAGGAGGUCAAGGGUCCCCUCAGGGAGGAGAAGGUCUCUGCUGACACAGACAUCCUCACCCUCACCAAUCUGGUCCCGGGGAACUACACCUUCAGUCUGACGGUGACAGACUCUGACGGUGCACAGAGCUCAACCCAGGCCAAGCUGCUGGUCCACAAGGCCAUGGACUACAAGCCAGUGGCCAACGCUGGUCCAAACCAGGUCAUCACCCUGCCCCGCAACUCUGUCACACUCUAUGGCAACCAGAGCAAGGAUGACCACGAGCCACUCGCCUACGAGUGGUCCCUCAGUCCCAAUAGCAAGGGCAAGGUGGUGGAGAUGCAGGGUGUACGCACCCCCAUCCUUCAGCUGUCAGCCCUGCAAGAGGGCGACUACACCUUCCAGCUCACUGUGACCGACUCAACUGGGCAGCAGGACACGGCUGAGGUCACUGUCAUAGUCCAGCCAGAGAAUAAUAAGCCUCCGGAGGCCAACGCAGGCCCAGAGAAGGAGCUGACCCUCCCAGUGGACCACACCACACUGGAUGGCAGCAAGAGCAGCGAUGACCAGAAGAUUGCCACUUACCACUGGAGACAGACAAAGGGGCCAGAUGGGGUGAAGAUUGAGAAUGCAGACAGUGCAGUUGCCACGGUGACCGGUCUGCAAGUGGGUGUGUAUGACUUCACCCUGACCGUCACGGACGAGAGGAACUUGAAGAGUUCCGACACCGUCAACGUCAUCGUCCGAGAAGAGGUGGACAAAUCUCCAGUUGCAAAAGUUCUGUCCAGUGCCGCUGUCUCCCUCCCGGUGCGAACUGCCAUACUGGAUGGAUCCAGAUCCUCUGAUGAUAAAGGAGGCGUCACCUACCUGUGGACCCGAGACGACAGCAGCCCAGCGGCCGGGGACGUGCUCAAUAACUCCGACCACCAGGCAGUGCUGUUGCUCGGGAACCUGGUGGAGGGGAAGUACACCUUCACCCUGACCGUGACUGACAGCAAGGGUCAAAGCAGCACAGAUCACGGCAGCGUGGAGGUCAAACCAGAUAUGUGGCAGCAUGACCUGGUCGAGCUGCUGCUAGAGGUGUGUGUGUCUCAUGUGACCCACCGCCAGCGAGAAAUGCUGCUGCGGCAGGUCGGGGUGCUAUUGGGUGUGCUCGACAGUGACAUCAUUGUCAGAGAGAUAAGCGCCUACAAUGAGCUCAGCACGCGGUUGGUGUUUCUGGUGUCCGGGGGUCCGGGUCGCCCACCCCUCUCUGGGCACAGCGUUGCCAUGGGUCUGCGGAACAAACUCCACAAGCAGAAGAAUGACUUCCUGAUCUUCAAAGCCCGGCGGGUUGACACCGUCAUCUGCCAGCUGAAUUGCUCGAACCAUGGUGAGUGUGACUCGUUCACACGGAGGUGUGUGUGCCACCCUUUCUGGAUGGAGAACUUCAUCCGCACACAACUUGGCGAUGCCGAGAGUAACUGUGAAUGGAGUGUGCUAUAUGUUACAAUAGCAGCAUUCAUGAUUGUAGUUGCCAUAGCAACACUGGUUUGGGGUAUUGUGUGUUGUUGUCGCAGACGUAAAAGCAGAGUGCGGCGGAAGAGUCGUUAUAAGAUGCUGGAGGCCGAUGAACAGGAUACCUUAGAGCUGCACGCACCCAGAGCCGUUCGGGUCAAGGCGGCUCCUCCCCCCUCUUCCUCUGCGCUUAUGCGCUCUGACUCCGAGCUGGACAGUGACGACGCUCAGGGGGUCACGCCCUGGACUGAGCGGGAACGGGAGCGGGGCCAGUUGCUGCGGCCGCAGAAUGGAACCCUGAGGAACGGCCAGGGCCCUGUCCGAGCCAAGAAGUCGCAGAGGGAGGAGCUGCUAUAGCAGUGGCUGCCGUAGCCACACAUGCUGACCCCAUACAGCUGACUCUGAGGGAGGGUUGGACUUUGGCGUGGUUCCUGCUGACCCCCCCUCGCCCAGCCCCACCCCCCAACCGCCAAGCUGCACCCACACUUAACCCCCCCCCCCCCCCCCCACACACACUGAGCCAGGGGCAGCUCCUCCAUGCCCCAGGUCUGGGAGAUUCUUGCUCUGCCCCCUGUAACCUCAGACUGCGGAACGAGUGACCCAAGGGGAGCACAGAGAAGCAAGAUGCUAGAAGUAGCAUACACACAUACACACCGCUGUACCGCACCUGUACACAUACCUCAAGCAUGCAUACACCAGUUCACUUCCACAAAACUGGCUCUGUCUUCAGACAAAAUCCACUGCCUUGAACCCCCCCCCCCCCACACCACCAAACACCAACUCUUCCUUGAAGCCAGUGGCAAUAGUGUUGACACAGAACAUUGUCUUAACAAAAAAACUAACCACCAACAAUGUUUGUGCAUGAGAUUGAGAUGGUUUUAAAUGCAUUUUUGUUUAGAGGAAAUGUCUGCAUGUGGUUAUAUACUGUGUGUGUGAUAUUCUGCUGUGUCUAACAGAUGAUGUCUGUAUGGCCUUUUGCGGCAGUGUGUCCCACCUGUGAAUGAGGCUAUAUUGGUCAGCCCUGUGCCACUUCGAUCACCAGCAAAAUAUGUUGAUCUCCAGUGAUGAUGACCAUCCUAAGUAGAGAGCUGAUUAGAGAAUAGGGGGGUAAAUGUGAUUUAGUCUGGAGACCCAUCCCUACACUGGACAUUUGUUGAAUGACACUGGACUAUCACUGCCCACUUCCAGACCACAGUCUGUCCAAGAGUGAUAAUGACGUGUAAACUCAAAAGGUCAAAGGGCACCCCUAAACACAGACUUCUGGCUCCUAGAGUCAGCCCGAAUGACCACUGCUCCCCCCCCCCCCCCCCCCCCCUCCUCACCCUCACUGUUUUAAGCUUGGACAACCACUGCUCAUCUCAGUUUUAACUCUUUUUAGUCUCAGCCAAUCCAAUCACCUCUGAUGCACUUUUGUCCUUCGUAAGUGUUUCCGUUAGGAAUCUUUCUGUGUCAGGAACACUCACACUAGAACUGGAAUAGAAACGAGAAUCCAUAAGGGAAUUGUUCUCUGUCUGUCUGUUUUACCUCUGUGCCAAUGGCUUUCUAACACUGCAGUACUGUUUGAUGCCCCUGUCUGUUAGGGAGCUGAGAUUUGGACCUCUGGUCUUACCCUUUGUUGGGUGGAUUCUGGAGUGACCGAGAGGGAUUUGUGAAGGGAUUCGUUUGUGAAUGUAAAGAGCUGUGGCAACUUCCCUAGCAACUAGCAAGAGGGGAUUCUGGUAUGCACGUGACUGUGAACACAGGCAGAUGACGGCUACAAUAUGAAGGGAUUCCAUUUGGAUUUUAUUGUUUCUUUUUGCGUUAUUUUGUUUUUCUCAAGUGAAGGAUUUUCACUGUCCUGUGAUAUGAUACAACUGGAUACUGUAAAUUAAAAUAAACUAAAAUUGUAUUUCA